AUGGCUAGGCAAUCGAAUAUUGUCAGGAUUGUUGGGAAUGACAGCUACGAAAAAUUGCGGUCCACAAAGUGUCUUCUAGUAGGAGCAGGUGGGAUAGGUUCAGAAUUAUUGAAAGAUUUAAUAUUGAUGGAAUUUGGUGAGAUACAUAUCGUUGAUCUGGAUACAAUCGACUUAUCCAACUUAAACAGACAGUUUCUGUUCAGACAGCGUGAUAUUAAACAACCGAAGUCAACCACUGCUGUGAAAGCCGUCCAACAUUUCAAUAACUCAAAAUUAGUGCCCUAUCAAGGGAAUAUUAUGGACAGUACUCAGUUCCCAUUGCAUUGGUUCGGCCAAUUUGAUGUCAUCUUUAAUGCAUUGGAUAAUUUGGCCGCUAGACGUUACGUGAACAAGAUGUCGCAGUUUUUAAGUACUCCAUUGCUCGAAUCUGGUACUGCAGGUUUCGAUGGAUAUAUUCAACCCAUUAUCCCGGGUAAAACUGAAUGUUUCGAUUGUACGAAGAAAGAAACACCAAAGACAUUCCCAGUAUGUACUAUUAGAUCCACUCCAUCUCAACCAAUUCAUUGUAUUGUAUGGGCAAAGAAUUUUCUUUUCAAUCAACUAUUUAAUGCAGAAACGAAUCCAAAUUUGAAUGAAGAAGAUGAGGAAGAAAACAAAGAUUGGGGUACUACGGAUUUGGAUGAAAUUAAUCGUAUUAGACAAGAAACAAACGAAUUGCAAGAGUUGCAAAAUAUAGUUGUGUCUCAACAAGAAAAUCGUAUUCAUGAAAUUAUUGAGAAACUGUUCGUUCAUGAUAUUAAUAAAUUGUUAUUAAUUGAGAAUUUAUGGAAAACUAGAACAGAACCAACUCCGUUAGACAUUACAAACAUUCAAAAUGUUUCAGAUGAGCCAAGCAAGAAGCUUAACUUGAGCGAAAUUUGGACAAUUAAUGACCAAGUUCAACAGUUAGUUCAUGUAACCAAGAAACUUAUGAAGCGUAUGCCUAAAGAGCAAAAUCAUAUCGAAUUUGAUAAGGAUGAUCAAGAUACUUUAGAGUUCGUCGCAACCACAGCGAAUAUCAGAUCACACAUUUUCAAUAUUCCAAUCAAAUCUGUAUUUGACAUAAAACAAAUUGCAGGUAACAUUAUCCCCGCUAUUGCAACGACUAAUGCCAUCGUCGCUGGGCUUUCAUCUCUUAUUUCUUUACGUGUUUUGAAUCUCUUGAAGUAUGCUCCAAUCAAGAGCCCAACGGACUUGAAUAUGGCAUUUACCGCGAAGGCAAGUAACCUAUCAACAAAUAGAUACCUCUCUAAUCCAAAAUUAGCCCCCUCGAGUUGCAAUUGUCCGGUUUGUUCCAAGGUAGUGCGCGGUGUUGUUUCAGUUAGCUCUACAAAAUAUGCCUCUUUAACUUUGCAAAAUUUGGUUGAUUUAAUAAAAGAUAAAUAUGAAUAUACUGACGAAAUUUCGGUGCUCGAUACAAAGAACCAAAGACUAUUGGCAGAUUUCGAUUUUGAUGACCUUUUAAAUAAAACCUUAAACGAUAUCAAUUUAACUGAUGGUACGGUGAUAAUGUUUACCGAUGAAGAUGAGGAUGAGAAUGGUUUAUGUCACAAACCAUUGGAACUAUAUUUAGAUAUUACUGAAACCUUGCCCACUGGAUUAGACAUCAGACUACCAGAACUUGAAAUUCCUUUAGUCAAGGCCAUAACGAGCGAAGAAGCAACAGCUGAAGAGGAAGAAGAGUUAUCAGUCGAGAAAAAUUUGACAGAAGAAAAUAUUAUAGUCUUAGAUGAGGAAGAACCAUCUACUAAGAAAAGGAAAAUAGAACUUGAAGAUGAGCAAGCCGCCAAGAAAACAAAAAGUGAAGUGGAAGAUGUCAUUGAACUGGAUUAA